AUGCUGAAGUUGGCGUUUUGCGCGAGUCAUUUUUUUCAUUUGCUUUUUUUCAAUUGAAAAGGAAAAGAGCAAAAUGUUUAAUAUGAAAUUUUUUUGAUAUAGUGAACAGUCUUCUAUAUGAUAUAACAAAAAAAGUUUCGAAAAUUACUCUCUCUGCACUGUCGUUUUAUAACUUAUGGAAAAGGUGAUGACACUAAUGCCGUGUUUCAAGUGGUUCCGUGAAAUUCAAAAUAGCCGUCAGAGAAAGAGAAAGAUAGCUGAAUUUUUGAGAAUCAGAAUACUUUUUGCAUUUCGCGGAAAUUACUUUGAACACGCCAUAAAAAAAAUUUAACAAAAUAACAAAAGCAAUCAUUUGGCUAUUGGAAAAAGAGAAUAAUCCUGAUUGAUGAUUUACUGUAGGCUGUGCAAUAUUCAGCUGAUGCGCAGGCAAUUUCGCGGCAGCGCAACUUUGCUACAAUGAUACAUUUUUUAAAUUGUUUUUUUUUCAACAUUUCAUUCAUUGCAAUAUUGCGUAACGCCGUUCAUCAGAUGUGUUCAAAGUAAUUUUGGCGAUUUCUAACUCGACACUUUAUUUAUACGUGCGUAUUCAAACAUUUGAAAUUAGGGCUUUUUCAGCAGAAGUUUUGAACUCGCCCGUAAAUGUCGCCUUAAAAAAAUGGAUAUAUUGCUAUUUAUUGUUUUAGAACCUAUUUUCAAUAAGGGCUUCCGUAACUCCAGUUUCGCCUUUUUUUUCGCUAAAUUUUAUUGCUCUUGUCGUGAUUUAGCACAGUUCUCGCCGCGGCAUCGCUUUUCUUAAACAUUUUUUUUCUGGUGGCACUAUUCAGUUAUUCAUUCUUUUCUCUUUCACAUUUAAAUAGAAUACGUGAUAUAGAAAGUUGUUAUAUAUACGUUGCAUUCAUUAAACUUGUGAGAAGAAUGGAAAGCAACUGAUAAAAAAAAAUGCAAGUAUAGUUGCGCAGUCAUUUAGAAGUUGAGAAAAGGCAACAGAGAAGCCUCAUAUCCAAUUAAAAUUGAAAAGAAAUUUUGAAAAAGCACUAUCCCGAAGAAUUAAGAUAUCUAAAAUUUGCCAUAUUGCCGCCAUGUCGCUCUGAUGUUUGCAAGAGCGCUGCUAGGUUUUUCGUCGCGAUCUAGCGUUAAUUUUGUCGCUAUACCGCCAAUUAUCUUGCGUUAACCUUGAUGCCCUUUGGAACAAGUUUCGUUUUUCGAUGAAUACGUCAUUAAUACAUUUAAAAAAAUAUUUAUUAAUACUGUAAAUAAUUUAAAAUCAAAUGAGAAAAGACUAUGGUAAUUUCGAAAUAAUAAAAAUUUUAUACAUUUCCAAAGUUCUCAGAGAAGUAGAACGCUUCACGAAACUAUUCGAAAAGCUUUUCGGCGUUUUCAGAAUGACUGAGAUUUUGAAUCUGUACGGUAUAUAGAUCCGUUACGCCGUGCUCAGAAUUAUUUCGCGAAAAUCGAAUUCUAUCCGACUCUACCAAAUUUCGUGAAACUUUUUCACAAGGACGGUUAUUUAUGUUCCACCGAAAAUAAACUAUAGAAAGCAUGGAUUUUUUCGUUUAAAUGUUCGUUUUUUCAGAAUAUGGAGCAACAGUUUAACGAGAAAUACGAGCAACGAGAUUUCUAUCCGACAGAAGCCCGCAUACGUUUCUACAAGAGCUAACGUAGGUUUUUUCACGAUUAGGCGAUUAGGUAUUUAUUAUUUACUUUUAAUAUAUCUUUCCAGUCUGUCGACGUCAUUGGAAAACGGCGUAACUUGGACUACUUCGAGCCUCAAGAAGUCAACAUCGCAGCUAGUUCUACACGUAGUCCCACACCUUCUGACAUUGAAUAUAUCACAGUUGAUGUGGAUAGGACGUUGGUGCGUUUGAUUUGAUUUUUUGUUUUUUACAUUUAUCCCUUUUCAUGAUUUUUUUUCAUUGAUCAUCGGGAUUACUAAAUUUUUUCAGGCACUCGCAGCCGGUCGAAAGACAACUACGUAA